GAGAAGCAGAUUUUCCCUUUGCCUUUUAGUUUUCCCUUAUUCAGUCCUGCGGCGAUCAACAGAGGGGAGAAAAAAGGGGGGGAGUUGAGAAAGAAGGUGGAGUUUUCAAUGGAGCUCAAAGAGAGUCAGAGUGACAGAGAGCAGUCCAACACUUCAACCGUGGAAAUAUGAUGGAAGCGAGCUUCGUUUGCACGGACACAGGCCACACAAGCCCUCUGACAGGACCACUCGACUCUCCAUCUACCCCCUCCCCUGCCUCCAUCCCUCCAUCUUCCCUGCCAUCCAACCAUCCGCCCCGGCCAUGUCGACCCAAACCCCCACCUCCCCUGAAGUCCUCCAAACAUCCCGCUCCUCUCCAUCCUAGCUCCAAACCUCCUCCCACCCUUUCCUCUAACCCUCCUCCCUCCUCUCUUCCUCCUCCCCUCUCCCCUACUCCAGUGUCUCCUCCUCCCCUCCUUUCUCCCCAGCCCUCUGAUCCUACUCCUUGUCCCCCUCGUCUUCUUCAACCACUAUCGCCAACAAUUCAAUGCUCUUCAUCGACUCCUCCAUCUCCCCCUGUUGUCCCACCAUCCUCUUUAACUCCUCCAUUGAUGAGUCCUAUAGAUCGGCUGCUUGGGAGUGUGUCAGUGUGGCAGCCCAAAGGACUUAGCCAAGACAGAACCAACAGUAUACUGGAGAAAGAGACGGCCGGGGCAUUCCUGGUUCACAGCACGGAGGACAAGGCCAUGACGCUGUCAGUACGCCUGCCUGAUGAACAUGGGGGGCCACUUGUAGAAAACCUGGAGGUCAAACAACACAAGACAUUUCUUCACUUAGAUGGUUCCUCUCUGGUUUUUGAUGACAUCUUCAAAUUGAUCUCCUUCCACUGUGCCAGCAGGGAUAUUCUGGCCGUCCCACUGAGGUUACCCUGGGCUAUCACCACGGCAACCAAGAGAAAGGAGCUGGAGGUCAUCUCUGCUAUGGGUGCAGAUUUCUGGACGUCCGAUCUGAACCAUCAGGCAGAGAACCAGGAGCAGGUUUUGGAUCAGAGCCAGAGUACACCCUUCAUGUAUGUUAACCCGGUCCAUGUGGAGGACUCCCCCAGCAAAGACGCGAACACCUCCUCUAUCUCCAAACUGGACAUCAUCACCAAUCAAAACCCACCCCCCUCCCUGCAGAAUGGAGAAGCCCCUCAGAAUAUGAGCGCUAACGUCAAAGGGCGAGCCAAAACGGUGCCCAACUCGGACAUUAAAUACAAACGUCCCCCGCCCCGACCCCCCAGCCUGGGCUCAGGGUCGGGGAUGGGCCUCCUCUUCUCCCCUCCCCCCUCGCCUCACACUUCUGUAACUGAUAGAAAAGAGGAAGGAAAGGGAGGAGGGGAGAGAGAAGAGAGGAAGUCGGUGUCGACAUCACUCACUCCGUCCAGGCCUCCGGUCCCCCUGCAGAGCCGUGGCGCACCCCCACUACCUCCAGCGCCUCUCCGUCGGACCUCCUCCAGGAAAAGCACCGACCGAGAGGUAGGAGAGGGGACGGAUAGAGAGAAAGGACAAAAUCCUGCGAAGAUAACAGAGAGAGAGGGAGGAGGAGAGGGAAGUAAAUUAGGUCAGCCCGGUGGGGGGGGUGAACAAGAGAGCAUGCAUCAGGAGGAUGAGGGGGAAGCGGACAAUGAGAAGAAGGAGGAAGAGGAGGUGAACAUGGAGGAUGAUAAACAAAAAUCGAGCCCCCACUGUGCACCAUCAACGAAGAAACCCUCCCGCCCAGUCCCUCCCCCGAGGAGGAAACCAGGUUCCAAAGACACACCUGUGUGCCCCGCUGCGGGAGGAUCAGCCAAUCAGACUGCAGGGAUGAGAGGGCCCCCUCCAUCCCCAGCGCGGAGGCCGGACGUGUCGCUGUACUCGCCACAAGGGGGGGCAGUGCUAGUUACUGACCCAGACUCCCGCUCCACCAGCAGCACAGAGGAAGAAGCAGAGCUGAGCCAGGAACAGGAUCAGAACCAAAAUCGCCCUGCAGAGAGUCGCAGCCCCAAGGCAGCAGUGAAGAGAACCCCCACCACUGUGAUGUUAGACAGAGCCCGCCACCGCCUGUCCACGGUCCUCACCGGCCUCAUCAGCCACGACCGGCGCCUGACACAGCGCAUCGUAGAGCUGGCCAGAGACCCUCUGAGCUACUUUGGCAACCUGGUGAAAGAGCACCGUUCGUUCACCUUGGAGACCAUGUCGAACCACUCCACCUCCACUGAGCUGCUACAGGAGAUCCGACAGAUGAUGACCCAACUGAAGAGUUACCUGCUGCAGAGCACUGAGCUGCAGGCUAUGCUGGACCCCCAACAUCAGUAUUCAGAAGAUAAACUGGAAAGCAUAGCAGAAGCUGCAUUGUGUAAGAGUGUACUGAAGCCACUGCGGGGGCCCAUUUACCAGAGCCUGGAGAAACUGCACACCAACGACAGCAGCCUGAAGCAACUGGCAAAGAACCAGUCUGUCAUCCUAGGCAGCACCACCACAGCUUUAGGAGUAACCACCGCCGUCCCUGAGGCCUCUGCUAUGGAGAAGAUCAGCAUCAAACUGAGCAACAUGCAUCUGGAGUAUUCCCCCCAGAAAAAGAUUGAGCUCAUGCUGAAGGCCUGCAAGAUCAUCUAUGACUCCAUGUCCGUCAGUACUCCAGGGCGGGCCCAUGGCGCUGAUGACUUCCUGCCAGUAAUGAUGUACGUCCUGGCUAGAUCCAAUCUUUCCAACCUGCAGAUGGAUGUAGAAUACAUGAUGGAGCUGAUGGACCCUUCGUUAGCACUAGGAGAAGGUUCGUAUUAUCUGACCACCACCUACGGGGCUCUGGAGCACAUUAAGAGUUUUGACCAGCAGAGGACAGCAACACGGCAGCUCAGCAGAGAGGUUCAGGACUCCAUCCACCGCUGGGAGAGGAGACGCACGCUCAACCAGGAACGCAUGGCCCAGGGAUCUGUCAGGGACUUCCUGACAGUGUCUUGUCCAGAGUUUGGAACCAACCUAAAAACUCUGGGGGUCCUCCCAACCACCACGAUGCAACAGCUCACUGAGCAGUGUGCUGCACGCUUUGAACAAGACUCCUACAUGCUCAGUGUGUAUGUGGACGGUGUUCCUCGGCCCCUGGCCCCUACAGAGCUGGCCCUCAGUGUUAAGAGCAGUUCCACGCCUGGAGCUUACUGCUUCGUCUAUCACCCUGCGGACCAACCCAUCAGGCCGCCCCCCCGCAGCUGCCCCGCUGACGCACCUCCAGCUCCACCAGCUGUACCGGCACCAACAGCACCACCAGCUGUACCAGCACCACGCGCUCCACCCACUCUACCCGCACCACCUGUUCUACCAUCACCACCCGUUCUACCAGCUCCACCCACUUUACCAGCACCAACCACUCUACCAGCACCACCCAUUCUACCAGCUCCACCCACUUUACCAGCACCAACCACUCUACCAGCUCCACCCACUCUACCAGCACCACCCGUUCUACCAGCUCCACCCACUCUACCAGCGCCACCCACUCUACCAGCACCACCUGUGCUACCACCACCACCCGCUCUACAAGCACCACCUGUUCUACCAGCAACACCCAUUCCAUCAGCUCCAUCAGCUCCACCUUCUCUACCAGCACCUCCAGCUCUACCUGCUCCACCAGUUCCAUCCACUCCACCUGCUGCACCUGCAGAAAGCUCCUCCCCAGAUGACUCUGCAGAGGUGGACUUGGUGGAGCUGGAGGAGAGUCUGAUCAGCUUGUAGCUACCACAGCAUCACAGUGGCAGAUGCUGUAUUGCUAUGGAAACUACAUCACCGUGGUGACAGCGUCACUGUGGUUACUGAAUCCAACGACAAAUAUUUGGGACACUGAUUCUGCAGUCCACAUGGGGUCUGGAACCCCAGGGACUGCAGGUUCUAUAGAAUGUAAAAAUACAUGUUAUUGGAACAUGCGUAUAUGAUCAUGUUUAUACUGUUUAUGUAAUGUUAGGCUUCUCUUUGUGCUGCUUUAGACUUUCUACAGACUUUGAGUCAAAUGUAGUAUUAACAGGUUUAAUAUUCUCUUUAUUAACCCAUUUGUACCGGCUGCUGCGUAGCGCAGCUUUGAAGCUCCCGCCGGCAUGCAGCAUAUAAUGCACUGUCAUUGGUUCAAAUACACAUGAGGUGGGUCUUGUUGGGUUUUUUAAACCACUUGACCACCCAAAUGUCGUGUGGUUGGCCGACAAUCACGUCAAUCACUCAGACAUUCACGUGCGUUUGUUUUUAACUUUUUUACGAUCGACGAAUACUUUGACAGCGACGGCAGCGAUUUGGAAUUGGGAGAGAAUGAGGAGUUUGAGAGGGAGGUGGAAGUAGAAGUUUUUGUACCUGAUGAUCCUUUGGAUCGAGCCCAGGGGUGGGAAUUGUUUGUAGAAGGAGAGGAGGAGGACGAAGACUUUGCUGGAUUUCAGGUGGACUGGAAGACGGAUGGAUACCUGCCCCGAAAUCCCAAGCAGUUCCCUCGCAAACCGGGACCGAAGCUGACGAUUGCCGUGGAUGCAACCCCCCCUGGAUGUAUUUUCACGGAUAUUCCCUGAUGAACUUUGGGACAUGUUGGUGACCCAAACAAAUGUAUAUGCUGAUCAGACGCGCGGACAAACCCCAUCAAACUCGAACUCGAAGUGGAACCCCGUCUCCAAAACCGAGAUGAAAACGUUUGUCGGGCUCUGCUUCUCUUUUGGUAUCCUGAAACUGCCAGCACCUCGGGAUUAUUGAAAAAAACAAAACAAAAACGCGUCUCUGUAGGCAGCUUAUGCUCCGAGAUCGUACACAAAAACAAAUGGUCACAAACAAGCGCAUCGUGAGGAAAGAUCAUUUGAAUGUGAUCAUUUAUGUUUCUACGAAAUUUGGCCCAGAAUCGCUGAUACAACCUUUAAUAUAACAAUGCCAUAAUUAUUAAAUAUCACAAUAAAUACCAGUGUUGGGCAGUAGCUUCACUACUUGUAGAGAAGAUAGUAAUUUACUACAAUCCUCAGUAACCUGUAAUAGCAAGCAGCUUGGCCACACAAGAUACAUUUUCCUGGGGUAUUUCUCUGGCUAAACACAGCACAGCCAUUUGUAGUAUUGACAAUAUCCCUGCAACAUACAACACAUAUUGUGCAAAUCUAAUGCAUGAAACUUGGUUCAACUCAGCUUGCCACAUUUGACUAGGUGAUAGCUUUUGUGUAGUGAAGCUUUAUUUGUGGCAAAGUAGCUGGUAGUUUAGCUCACUACAAUUUCCAAGUAGCUUGCCCAACACUGAUAAAUAGUAAUACAAUUAUGCCAUAAUGAAUAAAUAACAAUACAUAUGGAAUAGAUAGAUAAAUACAUAUACAUAACACAAUGCAUAAAGGUCACAGUGUGAGUGUGAGUGUGUGUGUGUGUGUGUGUGUGUGUGUGUGUGUGUGUGUGUGUGUGUGUGUGUGUGUGUGUGUCAGUCAGUCAGUCAGUCAGUCAGGCAGUCAGUAGAUGCUGUUCAAAAGGAGAGAUGUGAGCCAUGGAGCUCAGUGACUGCGACUGUUCCCAGUUCCACCUCAGGACUUUCCCCACCCCUCCCCACUCCUUUCCCACCUCUCUCUCAUACCAAGGUGCCUUGGUCUGUGUGUUGGCAUGUUUUAAAAUGUUAUUUGUUAUAUGAAAUGUUAUUUGUUAUAUGAAAUGUUAUUUGUUAUUUUAUCAUAUAAAAUAUUUUCCCUACCAA